UCAUUCUGAACAACUACACCUACUUUGUGUUAUGUGAACACAUAAAGAACAAAUGAGAAAUAAAUAUGCAACUCAAUUUCAACAUUUCAGAAUCCUUCAUCUUGUUAUAAAGUCAUGCAAAUCAACUUUCAAUUCAUUAUAGUUUCAAUCAGUCCUUUUCCAAGUUUGUGUGUGAGUGUGUGUGUGUGUGUGUGUGUGUGUGUUUGUGGGUGGUGAGAAUCAAGAGUAAAGAACCAAUCAAAACUUUAGACAAGUUCAACAUUGUUUCUCUUUUUCUUCUAAAAUGUUCUUCAUUUUAUUGGAAAGGAAAUCAUUUCCACAGUUCCAGAGAUCAACAACAGAAGUAGGAUUUCAGUUGGAUGUCGUUUUAUUUUCUCAAAUUCAACAGAAUAUAUCAAAAGAUGAGAAAAUUAAGUUAACUAAGUACAUACUAUCUUCUAUCUCGGAGAUCAUGUCAUCGGUGUUAGAAGUCAAUAUUGAAAAAGAAAACUUGUUAGAGUUCGGAAGUUACCUCCAUCGAACAACCCCAGCCUUAUCAGAGUUGCAAGUAGCAGAAAAUGUGCCAUCAAGCACGACAGAGACUCUGCGGUGUUUAGCUGCAAAAGUAGAUAUUGCCAAAGAAUUAGUCGAAAAAUGUAACUCCGGAGCUAAAUCAGUUCCGGCUAGUGAGCUUAAAAGCAUCAUUGAACAGAUAGAGGGGGUGGUCAAUAGCAUUGGGCAGGACAUUGGCACAAUACCAUCAAACAUUUUUCAGAAUCACAAGUACGCCGGAACUGCAAUUCAAUCACUUGCAAAGGAGAUGCAAAAUGCUCAGUUUGACACCGAUGUAUCUUUGAAGAACAAUAUGGAAGGGGAACAAGAUUUAUAUCAAGUUCAAACUUCAAAAGAGGAAUUCAAAACAACUGAUAAUAACAUUGGUGAUGGAGAGAUGCCACGCUUGAAGGACUUUCUCAAAGGAAUGUAUUACCAUGGGAAAAACAUUCCGCCGAGUAAGACAUUAAAUCAAUUAGCAGAGCAGAUAGAGCCUUUAUAUGAGGCAUUUUUCUGUCCAUUAACGAAGAAAGUCAUGGAUGAUCCGGUCACAAUUGAAACUGGGGUGACAUAUGAAAGGAAGGCAAUCAAGAAAUGGUUUGAGAAUUUGAUGAAUAAUUCACAGGAUAUAGUUUGUCCAGUCACGAAGCAGAAAUUACAUAGUAGAGUUCUCAGCACCAACUUAGCAUUGAAAACCAUGAUCACCGAAUGGAAAGAAAGAAAUGAAGCAAGUAGAAUGAGAAUUGCUCAGACUGCAUUAUCAUUAGCAAGUUCGGCAAGUGUUAUAUUGGAUGCAAUAAGGGACUUGGAAGACCUUUGCACAAAACGAGAACACAACAAGUUGAAGAUGCAUAAUUUUGGAGUUACAAAGAUACUGGCACAGUUUCUAGAAUAUGAUGACAGGGAUGUGAGAUGUGAAACUUCAAAAGCUCUCCGUUGUUUAGCUGAGGAUGAUCGAGGAAAGGAAAUCAUUGCAAAAACAAGAGCAAUUACUGCAGCAGUAAAGAUGUUGUCAAGUGAUCACCUUCAAGAGAAGCAUGCGUCGCUUUCAUUGUUGUUACAACUUUCGAAGAGUGAGAUAAUUUGCAGAAAUAUCGGAGCCACUCCCGGAGCUAUUCUGAUGCUAAUCACAAUGAAAUAUAAUGAACGCACAGACUUUGUCAGUGCAGAGAGAGCAGGAGAAACACUGAAAAACAUGGAGAAGUGUCCAGAUAAUAUCAAAUGCAUGGCAGAAAAUGGUCUAUUGGAGCCCCUUCUAAACCAUAUUGUUGAUGGUGACGAAGAGAUGCAGAUUGAAAUGGUGAGCUAUUUAGGGGACCUUGUUCUUGGGAAUGACAUGAAAAACUAUGUUGCUAGGAGAAUGUCGCCAAUUCUAAUCAAAAUGAUCCAAUGUGGGAACACGUUUUCCCGAAAAGCCGCAUUCAAAGCUCUACUUCGUCUCUCAUCUCACCACUCAAACAGCACAACACUAAUCGAAGCCGGCAUUGUACCUAUAAUGGUUGAUGAGAUAUUCAUUAGAAAAAUCUACGACGAGCCAGUGGAUUCCAAGGAAGAGUCUGCUGCAGUAAUAGCAAACAUACUUGAAUCCGGAGCUGAUCCCCGGUUUAUCCAAGUUUACAAACAUGGACACACAAUGGCCUCAGACUAUGUAAUCUACAAUAUCGUGCACAUGCUCCGCUACUCCAACACUGCCGAACUAAAUAAAAACCUCAUCAGAAUCCUGCUAUCCCUCACCAAACUACCCAAACCCUUUGCAGCAAUAGUAUCAGUGAUGAAAGAAACCGAAGCAUCCUACAAUGUCAUUGAAUUCUUGAAUUCCAAGAACGAAGAUCUUGUCAUCAAUUCUGGCAAAUUACUCAUCAAACUCAUAACACACAUGGGACACACUAUAGCAGAAGCACUAUGCAAGACCAGAGAACAGCCAGGGAGCUUAAUCAAGAAGCUAGAAACCGAUCAAGUCACAAAGAAACAUGCCAUAUCAGUGAACCUAGUAGCUAAACUCCCACACCACAACCUUACCCUCAAUCUAGCACUACUCCACAGCGGCACAAUACCAAUAAUCAUAAACAACAUACAAAACUUCCAGAGAAGUGAAACAAGAAUAGGAAGACAUGAGAGGCAUUACAUCGAAGGCCUUGUGGGCAUUCUGCUGAGGUUCACCACCACACUCUAUGACCAUGAAAUUCUCCAAAUGGCUAAAGAGCAGAACCUGACAACAGUAUUCACAGAGCUAUUAGUAAGGAAAUCAGGGAGUGAUGAAGUGCAAAGAAUGUCAGCAAUUGGGUUAGAAAACCUGUCUUCAGAGACAGUAAACCUCUCAAAACCAUCAAUGGAGAUAAGAGGAAGUACCAAGAUGACAAAGUUCCUACCCAGGGUCUUCAGCAUUGGAUCAAGAAGGGAAAGCAGAGUCAAGCCAUGCCCAGUGCACAGAGGGGCAUGCUCACCAUCAACCACAUUCUGCUUGUUGGAGUCCAAUGCACUAGGAAAAUUAGUGAGAUGCUUACAGCAUGAGAAUGUGAAGGUGGUAGAGGCAGCAUUGUCAGCAAUAUGCACAUUGCUGGAUGAAAAGGUGGAUGUGGAGAGGAGUUUGGAGGUGCUGGGUGAGAUGGAGCUGGUGGAGCAAGUAGUGGGAGUUCUGAGGAAGCACAAGCAGGAUGGGAUAUGGCAGAAGGCAUUCUGGGUGAUAGAGAGGUUUGUUGUGAAGAAGGGAGAGGAAUUGUAUGGUGAUGAACAGUUCUCUGAGGUUCUGCAGGAUGCAUACCAGCAUGGAAAUAGUAGAAGUAGGCAGGUGGCUCAGAACAUGUUGAGCCAUUUGAAGAAGUCUAGCUUGCCAAGGAACUUCACUGCUGUUUAAAAUCAAACUAUGGUAGGAUGGGAUAUGGCAGAAGGCAUUCUGGGUGAUAGAGAGGUUUGUUGUGAAAAAGGGAGAGGAAUUGUAUGGUGAUGAACAGUUCUCUGAGGUUCUGCAGGAUGCAUACCAGCAUGGAAAUAGUAGAAGUAGGCAGGUGGCUCAGAACAUGUUGAGCCAUUUGAAGAAGUCUAACUUGCCAAGGAACUUCACUGCUGUUUAAAAUCAAUCUAUGGUUUGUAUAUAUAUGGUUUGCUUCUUCAUAUUAUAUAUGUAGAGGAAUAUUUUUUUUUUUUAAAAAAAAAGGGAUUGGAGGGAAAAAGUUUCAUUGUUUUA